GGAAUCGAGUUGAAGUUGACGUUAACAUGGUGGAAUUUGCAGCCGUACUCCCAGCCCCACUUCACCAAACAUCUGUCUGCUUCUGUACUAUUAAGGACCCGUGGCGUUUGAUUUUGAAGCCUUACAAAUGGAAGGAAGUUGUUGGAUGCAACGGUCAAUGUCAGUUGAAAACAUCCAAUAUCCAGAGUCAAGUCACCCAGCAGUUCUCGUUUUCAAACACGACAUCAUCUUAUCUGCACUAGGAUUGGAUAUCCAUCGACUAUCUUCCUCUGAUUCCAGCACCUGCUAAUUUUUUAAAAUUAUACUCACUCAUCACUGAUCUGAUGAUAUGAACACCAUGAAGCAAAACGAAUCACAGAAGAUGGAUCACUUCAAAGGUCAAAAUAGGCUUCCAAAAUUCGCAAUCCCUCAUCGUUAUGAUCUAACUUUAAAACCCAAUCUCGAAUUGUGCAACUUUUCUGGCUCCGUACUUGUUGACGUAUCUAUCCUGGACACCACCCGGUUCCUUGUUUUGAAUUCGAUAGAUCUUGUUAUUCACGAAUCUUCUUUCACCAACUCCAACAACGAUAAAGUGGUUCCUAGUGAAGUGGUGGUGGACAAUGAUGGCGAGACGAUUGUGUUGGUUUUUGAUGAACCUCUCAGUAUAGGAGACGGUGUUUUAGAGAUUAAUUUUGAUGGAGUUCUUAAUGAACAUAUGAAGGGUUUCUAUAAAGGGACUUACGUUGAUGGAGGAGUAAGAAAAAAUAUGGCAGUGACUCAAUUUGAACCUGCUGAUGCACGGCGGUGUUUUCCAUGCUGGGAUGAACCUGCCCUUAAGGCUACCUUCAAGAUAACAGUUGACAAUGUACCAUCAGAGUUGACUGCAUUGUCAAAUAUGCCAGUCUCCAAGGAGACAAUCAAUGGAAAUUUUAAGAGUCUGUGCUUCGAGGAAUCUCCAAUUAUGCCAACUUAUUUGGUGGCUGUUGUGAUUGGUGUUUUUGAUUACAUUGAAGAAACAACACAUGAUGGCACCAGGGUUCGUGCAUAUUGUCCUGUUGGUAAGAGCGAGAAGGCCAAAUUAGCAUUAAGUAUUUCAGUCAAGGCUCUUGAACUAUACACAAAGUAUUUCUCGAUGCCUUAUGCACUUCCCAAGCUAGAUAUGGUAGCUGUUCCUGAUUUCUCUGGUGGGGCUAUGGAAAAUUAUGGACUGAUCACGUAUCGUGAAACUGAGCUACUCCAUGAUGAUUUGCAUUCAGCUGCAGCUAACACUCAAAGACUUUCAGUUGUUGUAACUCAUGAAGUUGGGCACCAAUGGUUUGGGAACUUGGUAACAAUGGAAUGGUGGACUCAUCUGUGGCUAAACGAGGGUUUUGCGACAUGGGUAAGCUACUUAGCAACCGAUAUCUUAUUUCCCGAGUGGAGAAUCUGGACACAGUUCCUCGAAGUGACUGCUGGUGGUCUUCGCAUAGAUUCAUUGGAACAGUCGCAUCCAGUUGAGGUGGAGGUACACAAUGCUAGCUCGGUGCUUGAAGUUUUUGAUGCCAUAAGCUACAAGAAAGGAUCAUCUCUUGUUCGUAUGCUAAAGGAGUAUCUUGGUGAUGAAAUUUUCCAGAAAUCAUUGAGUUCUUACAUGAAGAAAUAUGCAUGCAAAAACGCAAGGACAGAGGAUUUGUGGAGCGUUCUUUCAGACGAAUCUGGUGUUGAAGUGAACAAACUUAUGGACAUAUGGACAAAGCAAACUGGGUAUCCAGUUAUAUAUGUUAAAUCUGAAGAUUACACUUUGGAAUUUGAGCAGACUCGAUUUAUGUCAUUGGGACUGCAAGGUGAAGGUCAAUGGAUAGUCCCAAUAACUUUAUCAGUAGGCUCCUACAGUAACCGCAAAACUUUCCUUUUAGAAACAAAAAUUGGAAAAUUGGAUAUAUCGGAGCUUUAUGGUUCUUACACAAGUUCACAUCAAAAUUCUGAUAAAAAUGAAGAAGUUCCUGAAAAACCGUGGGUCAAAGUAAACGUUGGGCACACUGGCUUUUAUAGGGUGAAGUAUGAUAGUGCACUCACAGCUCGUUUGAGGAAAGCCAUAGAAGAGAAAUGGUUGUCCCCAGAAGAUAAAUUUGGCAUAUUGGAUGAUACCUAUGCUCUUUGUGAGGCCGGUGAAGAGUCAAUAUCGUCUCUUCUUUCGUUGAUGGAUCUAUUCAGAGAGGAUCUUGAUUAUCUUGUAUUAUCAAGACUUAUCAACGCUUGCCUUAAUGCUGCAAAGAUAUUGAAGGAUGCUAUUUAUGAUCCAUGGAAUCAUCUGAACCAAUUUUUUAUUGAUGUCAUCAUAUCAUCUGCAGAGAAAUUAGGCCUGGAACCUGUAUCUGGGGAAAGCCAUUUAAAUAUAAUGUUGAGGGAAGAAGUUUUUACGGCCUUGGCUACUUUUGGUCAUAGAAAAACUCACGAAGAAUUAAAGAAGCGAUUUCAGAUAUACAUAAAGGAUAAAAACACGUCAUUGUUUCCGGUUGAUAUCAGAAAGGCUGCUUACAUUUCUGUAAUGAGAACUUCAAGUGCUGUGGACAGAAGUGAGGUUGAUUCCCUACUAAAGUUAUAUAGAGAAGUGGAUGCAGUGCAAGAGAAAACUAGGAUUCUGAGUUGCAUAGCUUCUUCUCCGGAUCCAGAUAUAGUCAUAGAGGUUCUAAACCUCAUGUUCUCUGAUGAGAUUCGGGAACAAGAUACAGUAUAUGUAACUGCACGGAUAAGCAUGGAAGCCCGCGAAACAGCAUGGAUAUGGCUAAAGGAAAACUGGGAUGCAAUCAUAAAACGAUGGGGUCAGGGGAUGGUGUUUCAUCAUUUCAUUAGAGAUAUCGUGACACCCUUUAGCACCGAUGAGAUGGCGGAGGAGGUGGAAGAGUUUUUUCGCAGCCGAGUGACUCCUGCAUUUGUCAGGAACUUGAAGCAAAGCAUCGAACAAAUCCGAAUCAAAGCCAAAUGGAUCGAAAAGGUCAAGAAGGAAGAAUCCGUUAUUAUACCGAAGUUAGCCAGAGGAUUGACCAGGAGUCCAAUUACGACCGUACCAAAAGGCGUUACAAUAUGAGAUAUGAAACAGGUCCUCCAUAUCGGUCUGAUAUGGUAUUCAACAUAUACCAAUAUCGUUUUCAUUAAUCUAUAAUGAUAUUACUAUGUGGACAUUAUAUGUAUAUGUAUAUGUAUAUGUAUAUGUAACUCAAUGGCUACAUAUGUUGUGGACGUCUGGAAUUGAACCCAGACAGAUGAAAUAUUCCACCACAUCCUCCUAGACCUUACAACAUUUAUGAUAAAUAACUCGUCCAUAUACCUGAUAAAUACAUUACAUGUCGUGUUGUAGAUGGUUUCUGAAUUCCUAACCAAUUUUAGGUAUAUUAUAGAUCAUACGUAU